CCGGGCUGUGGCACGCGGAGGCUUCCGGAGCCGGUUGCCAGGGCGACGCCUGCGAAGAUGGCCGCUGCGCCUCCGUCGGAUUUCAAUGGCGGUAAAGUGGAGAGCAGUGAGGCCGGCUCCAAAUGGCUGGACGCGCACUACGACCCCCUGGCCAGCAUCCACACCUUCUCCGCCUGCCUGGCGCUGGCAGACCUGCACGGGGACGGCGAGUACAAGCUGGUGGUGGGGGACCUCGGCCCGGGUGGGCAGCAGCCCCGCCUGAAGGUGCUCAAAGGACCCAGAGUGCUGACUGAAAGCCCUCUCUCCGAGCUGCCGGCCGCUGCUGUCACCUUCCUCAAGGACCACCACGAGCCCCGAACGCCAGCACUGGCGCUCGCUUCGGGCCCCUGUGUGUAUGUGUACAAGAACCUGAGGCCCUACUUCAAGUUCAGCCUGCCCCCGCUGCCUGUGAACCCCCUGGAAGAAGAUCUUUGGGACCAAGCCAAAGAGGACCGGAUCGACCCCUUGACCCUGAAGGAGAUGCUGGAAGGCAUCCGGGAGAAGGCAGAGGUGCCUCUGUCUGUGCAGUCGCUCAGGUUUCUGCAGCUGGAGCUGAGUGAAAUGGAGGCAUUUGUGAACCAGCACAAGUCCAAGGCCAUCAAACGCCAGACAGUCAUCACCACCAUGACCACCUUAAAGAAGAACCUGGCUGACGAGGAUGCUGUGUCGUGCUUGGUGCUGGGCACCGAGAACAGGGAACUGCUGGUGCUGGACCCCGAGGCCUUCACCACUCUGGCCACGAUGAAGCUGCCCAGCGUGCCCGCCUUCCUGGAGGUGUCCGGCCAGUUCGACGUGGAGUUCCGGCUUGCGGCGGCCUGCCGCAACGGGAACGUCUACAUCCUGAGAAGGGACUCCAAGUGCCCCAAGUACUGCAUCGAGCUGAGUGCCCAGCCUGUGGGGCUUGUCCGGGUCCACAAGGUCCUGGUGGUGGGCAGCAACCAAGACAGCCUGCAUGGCUUCACCCACAAGGGUAAGAGGCUGUGGACGGUGCAGAUGCCUGCGGCCAUCCUGACCAUGAACCUCCUGGAGCAGCAUUCCCGGGGCCUGCAGGCCGUCAUGGCUGGGCUAGCCAAUGGCGAGGUCCGCAUUUACCAGGACAAGACCCUGCUCAACGUCAUCCGCACCCCGGAUGCAGUGACCAGCCUGUGCUUCGGCCGCUUCGGGCGGGAAGACAACACCCUCAUCAUGACCACGCGAGGUGGUGGCCUGAUCAUCAAGAUCCUGAAGCGCACGGCAGUGUUCGUGGAGGGGGGCGGGGAGCUGGGCCCCCCGCCAGCCCAGGCCACGAAACUCAGCGUGCCCCGGAAGACUCGGCUCUACGUGGACCAGACGCUGCGCGAGCGGGAGGCCGGCACCGCCAUGCACCGGACCUUCCAGACCGACCUGUACCUGCUGCGCCUCCGGGCCGCCCGUGCCUACGUGCAGGCCCUCGAGUCCAGCCUGAGCCCCGUGUCCGCGACCGCCCGGGAGCCCCUCAAGCUGCACGCCGUGGUGCAAGGCCUGGGCCCCACCUUCAAGCUCACGCUCCACCUGCAGAACACCUCGGCGGCCCGGCCCCUUCUGGGGCUGCUCGUCUGCUUCCUGCACAACGAGGCGCUCUACGCCCUGCCCAGGGCCUUCUUCAAGGUCCCCUUGUUGGUGCCAGGGCUCAGCUACCCCCUGGAGACCUUUGUGGAGAGUCUCAGUGACAAGGGCAUCUCAGACGUCAUCAAGGUGCUAGUGCUUCGAGAAGGCCAGAGCGCACCCCUGCUGAGUGCCCACAUCAACAUGCCCGUGAGCGAGGGGCUGGCGGCUGCCUGAGCCGGGCUGGCGGUAAAGCGCCUGCGGAGUUGGGACCAGGAAGACCCAGCCCUUCACUGAGCUGAUGGAGGCAGUGGCGCCUGCUCCCCGCGCAGCAGGUGCUGGGCCACAGCUCCCUCCCCCUCCUGAGCCCCCGUGCUCACCGUCCGUCCCGGGCCACCUCCAGCAGCGGUCAGCGAGUGCCAGGAGGUCCAGGCCCUGCUCCCCAGGGCGGUGCAGGCCCCGCUCGCUGGGCUCCUGCUGCUUCUCCGUCCUCCCGUUUCCUCCAGAAACCGCACGGAGCCCAGAGGCGGCUCUGAGGCAUCGAGGUGAAACGGGGGCCCGGCCGCUUGUCCUGGCAGCUCCCCAGGCACAGCUCACUGCUGCCGCCGGCCCACAGAGUCGGCUGCGGCCUGGCCGGGGGCAGUCAGGCGUUACUGGGGGAGACUGAGCCCCCGUUGCUCCCGGGGGUCCCAGGAGCUUGGCUGCUGCCAGUUCAGCCCCUCAUCGCUGAGCAGGGCCCCUCCUGUUCAGGGGCCCAGAGUGUAGCUGCCCCCCCACAGGGGCUUUCUGAAAUCUCGGCCUCAGUCAGGGUCUCAGGCCUGUGAUGCGCCAUGCAGAGGGCAGAGGGCAGAGGGCAGAGGGCACUCAUGCAGGGAGCUCGUGGCCCAGCCCGGACCACGUUCCUGAGACCACACAGGCGCUGCCCCUGACAGGAUGCUUGUGUCCAGAACGUACGCCCAGAAGAGGCAGGCUCAGUGGGCAGAGCAGAGGGGCAGCUUGGCUCGGGGGAGUGGCAUGGGGAGGAAGCCCAGAGCUGCCAAUCAAGAUGUGCUUCUGUGCCCAGGAGCCAGAGCAGCCGUGUAGGUGGGAGUUCACCUGGCAGCGGCCGGUGUGAGGGGAUUCGCUGGAAAGGCACGGACAAGAGGCUUGAGUGGUCAGAGGCUGAGCAAUGGCACACGUUUAGCCACAAGAACCAGAGACCACAGUCCCGGCCUCGGUGCUUCAUACCCUGGCUGUCUGCCUGGCCACCUCCCAGCAUUCUGGGGCCACUCCUGAGCUAGGAGCCCCACUCCCGGAGGACCUGCACCUCCCCGCUCUGAGCAGGAGCAGCCCGAUGUGUGGUGACAGCUCAGGGUUGUAAGCCAACUCCUGGGGACCUCAGUUUCCCUUGUGUAAACUGAGGCAGUGUGACCAGUUCUGCUCUGAAAUCCUAUGGGCCUGGCAGCCCCUCAGAGGGAGGGAGGUGUCGGCGCCAGCAAAAACUUGGCAGGAAUAACAACAGCCUUUGCCCCGAGGCCCAGGGCCCCGAGCUGACUGCCACUGCCAGGCAGCCUGUGCCCAAGACACAGCGAGGGACAGCCACCCCCUCGCCCCCUGAGGAAUGCAUUCUGGGGCCAGAUUAAUCAGUUAACUGCCACGAUAUUUUGAAUUUAAUUUAUAAAGGUCUGCUGCUUGCGUCUAUAGAUGCUUAUGGCGUACAAAUGGUUAAGAGAAGCAAGGGGUCUAGACAGAGAAGAGCCCCCCCCCCCUUCUCUGUACAGUCCGGCCUCUUCCAGACACGGACCAACUGGGAGAGGGUGGUGGAGGGUUCUCGAUCAAAGCAACUGAUGCGCAGGGAGAACAAGUUGGAGGUUUCACCUGGAAAUGGACAGACAGGGAGAGGGCAUGGGGGCACAGCAGGUCACUGUCAGCCAGACUCAGCUUCACCCGAAGAGCUUUCAGGAAGCUUGUCCCACGAGGGCCUGCCCUACAAGGUGCAGCCCUCGUCACCGGUGCUGUGUGCUCGGGGCUGGGCCAUCACUGCUCCCGUGGCUGUGAUGACCCAGAUGACCUCACAGUCCCCUUCACCCCAGUCCGGUGACGAACUGUGUGAACUCCUCUGGGUUCUUCUCAUGGCUGUUCACGGCGACAGCGGAGAAACUGCUCCUGUGCCCAGCAACUAAGGUGCGCUUACAUGAUGGACUCCCAUGUGCUGUCACUAAAAUACAUGAACUGUGGUGAUGUGGUCAGUGUAAAUGAAGCAAGAAGCAGUGCACGGGACCCAGGGCCUCACUGGUCAGGACUCCAGGAAAUUGUGUACAUUGAGGAGGAGUUGAUGCCUGUAAAAAAAAUAUUU